CCAUAUAUAACGUAUAGAACGACGGCGACGUGAUGAACUAAUAUUCGGUGCGCUCGUAUAAAUAGCUGACACUUGACUUGGCUUGGUAUAGUCAAUGUAAAAUGGGCUCGGGCACUGCAACUUGGAUUCUACUGGGCCUGAUGGCCGGCAUCGCCUCUAUGUCUAGCGCUGCCAAUAUUCCCCGAGCCGAGGACCAGACGAUUCUCCAGAACAAUGGGAACACUUUCCUGUCGAACGGAGCUGGGCAGAUCAUCCGCGGACCGGAUGGCAGGACGGUCUUGAUAGGAUCCGAUGGCCGCAGGAUCAUUGCGGACGCCGACUCCAGCGAAGAGGACAUCUCCCAGGACUAUGGACACGGUGGAAACAACAACGUUAUCAUCAACGGCCAGUCGGGCUCGAGCAUAAUUCAAAGCAACGGGCACAGCUUCAUCUACGGAGACGAGAGCCAAGGCAGUUACAUCAACAGCAACGGACGCACUGUUCGGAUCAUAAACGGAGCCAUUGAGCUGAAUGAAAACGGAAAGGUUUACACCUUCCAGCCGAAAGCAGCAGGUGUGAACCAGAGGGAAACAGUGGACAUCAACGGACAGCCGGCUCAGGUGGAGUACUCCAAUGGAGACAUAGUCAUCGAGCUGGCCGAUCACACGGUGGUGGCCAAGGUGGCUGGACGCACAUUCCUGGGUGACCGCUACUCCUUCGACAAUCGCGACAAACUCGAGGCAGAGGCCAAGAACUAUGCCCAGCGCAUCCACCAAGAGGUGCAGGCCAGUCUCAAGAAGACCAUGGAGGAUAUCCGAGCAAAUCUGCAGGAAUCCCUGGGCAACCUAUUUGUCUAAGAUCAAGUUACUGUACAAGAGCCGCACGAAAUAAAGCGCAUUAUCAGCA